AAGACGAUUGCGAUGACGAUGACGUGAAGUCUGAAGGUCUGCCGGUGAAAUACUCUUUAUGUUUAUGCAUAACUGUUGACUGUUGACUACCGUCUAAAUGACUGAUAGCAGCUUGAGUAUAUAAAUCCAUUCCUGACCAGAUCGCAGCACAGUCAAACUUGAGACAGCAAUUCAGCGAAUCGAGCAAUCCAUCAAUCAAAAACAUGUCCGCAACUCCUUUUGCUCUAAUCCUAUUGUGCUUGGCACUUGUCCAUGCUGUGCCCCUCACACUCUACGACGACAUCGACGACACUGUGGUGAUCGAGGUGCCCGACAAUGGAAUCGAGGAACCACAACCACCCAACAAGGAUGUCAUUGAUCUGAGCUCCUAUGGCGCUGCGAUGUAUGGCAAGCCGGAUGAGCAGCUGACCGCCAGCCUGGUGAGCAACUAUAGCGUGGAAACACAUGCUGGAAAUCCCGAGGAGCUGGGCAGCUACUUGGAGGGUGACAUCCUGGUGCCACAGACGGAUCUGACCAUGAAGAACGGCCUGCCCACGCAAUCUUCAAGGUGGCCCAAGGGCGUGGUGCCUUACGAGAUUCGCGGCAACUUUAAUGCCAACGACAUGGCCACCAUCCAAGGCGCCAUCGCACAGUACCACAAGCGCACCUGCAUCCGCUUCGUGCCCUACUCCGGAGAACGCGACUACAUCUCAAUUGUCAGCGGCAACUCUGGCUGCUGGUCAUCGGUGGGUCGCGUAGGUGGCAAACAGGAAGUCAAUUUGCAGUCACCUGGUUGCCUCAGCCGCCCUGGCACCGCCAUCCACGAGCUGAUGCAUGCUCUGGGCUUCCUGCACGAACAGAAUCGCAUGGAACGUGACGCCUUUGUGGCCAUUCAGUAUGGUAACAUUCAGUCGGGGGCAAUGAACAAUUUUGAGAAGGCGGCCAAGACCGAAGCCUUUGGAGUUCCCUACGAUUAUGGCAGCGUGAUGCACUAUUCGGCCAACGCUUUCUCCACUAACGGACAACCCACAAUUGUGGCAAUGCAAUCAAAUGGCGCCUCCAAGAUGGGUCAGCGCAACGGUUUCUCCGACUUUGAUGUGGACAAGUUGAAUGCCAUGUACGAGUGUGGCUACGUCGCUGGAUCUCCAGCUGCCGUGCCAGCACCUGCUCCUGCUCCUGGAGUUGCACCUGGAGCUGCUCCUGCUCCUGUUGCGCCCGGUGGAAAUCCAAUUGUUGACAGCUUCAUCAACGGACUUAUCAGCGGUCUGGGACUUGGAGAUGGAGAAACAGCUACCGAGAAGGAGGAGAAACCUAGUGAAAGUAGCAACUAAAACUGGAAACGCCCAAAGAUUCUAUUAAUUCAUUGGAUCACCGCACAAAUCGACCAACUAUUUAAAGCAUUACCAUGAAACAUUUAUGAAUAAUCUAGAAUUAAUUGCCUGAUCAAACUAAAUAGAUAAGGAAUAAACUAUUAGCAAAAGUUGUUGUCAAACGAAUUGUUUAAGCGUGCUAUAACUUUCAAGAGAUAUUAAGAUAAUAUCGGAAUUGUCAACGAUGAAAAACAUCAGUGAGUGAUAGAAUAGGAUAAUUCAAUUUAUAUGAUAUCUUGGAGUACUUAUAACGAG